GCUCCUACCCGUCACUGCGGCCGGGAUCGGGAAGUGUCCAGCCGGAGCUGGGUUCCCCCGCCUUCGGCUGCCACCGCUGAUCCCGGACCCCCUAGCCAGGCCCGGGCCGAGCCGCCAUGACGAACGUGUACUCCUUGGAUGGGAUUCUGGUGUUUGGUUUGCUCUUCAUUUGUACGUGUGCCUACUUCAAGAAAGUUCCUCGUCUUAAAACCUGGCUGCUGUCAGAGAAGAAGGGAGUCUGGGGUGUGUUUUACAAAGCUGCUGUGAUUGGAACCAGGCUGCAUGCUGCUGUGGCAGUCACCUGCGUCAUCAUGGCCUUUUACGUCCUGUUUAUAAAAUGAAUUCCAAAGCCUCCAUCUCAUCAACUGCCAACCAAGGGAUGGGGGUGAAGAACCUGUUGGGGGCCUGGGCCCGGCGUAGGAGGUUCAGCUAAAAUCAUCCAAGUCCCCGGGAUGACACCACAGCACCUGCCCCUCCCGUGUGUGGGGGAGACUCAUGGUCACAAACAUUAUUUAUGCUUCAGGGGACUCCAGAAAGCCAACCUCCUUAAAUCAGUCCUCGCAGACAGCAUAUAAUGUCCAGAUAGAUUCCACCCUUCGGCGAUAACGUUGCAUACCUCCUGCUUAAAAACCCGUCACCUGUUUUGUCCUCAGCCUCGCCAGGAUCUUUUCAAGCUGAAGGUCAUUAGGUAAGGGCAUGUGCUGUGUUCAGAUCUCUUGGAGAGAACUUUCAAGACUUGACUUUUUUUUCCCACUGUUUUGAUUUAGAUUUGGCAGAUGGGGGUUGGGGGGAACUGGGUGGGAAACAGGAGUUGUACAAUGCCCAGAAAUAUUUUGGCUUUGGAAAUUUAUCUUUCAUAUACCCAUCUGGCAACAUGAGAGAGGCAUGGUCCAUCCACGCUGCAAACAGAGAACAGAUGAAAUCGCUGUGCUGUGUGCUGUGUGCUGUGUGCUGGAGAGUUUUGCCAAUAUAAUCUGGGCCUAUGUGAGAUUUGGGAGCUUUCUGUCUGUGAUGAGACUAGAAAGCAGUAACUCAGACAAGAAAAAAUGUUCUGUUCACCAGUAUCCCCAAAAGGAGACUUCACCCCAACAAAUGGUAUAAGAAAAUGAGUCCACUGUUUCUAUUUUCCUAAGCCUUUUUAUAUUUUCUAAAUUACUGAGUGCUAAAUACUGUUACUCAGUUUUAAAUGCCACCACAAGGGGAAAGAGAAAUAAUUGAAGAAAUCAUUGUUUAAUAUAUUUGCAGCUAGGGUAGAACAAGUAAAUCUAGUAUGUUAAUUCAUAUUCUAGUGAAGUCAUCUAGUAUAAAUUGUGAUGUUAGAUGGAAAUUUUGUCACGUUAUCCACAAUACAAACUUAUUCUUUGUUUAAAUCUGAAUUAUUAUGGCCACUUUUAGUUGAUUACUUUCUUGGCCAACUUUUAAUUUUCUUCAUGUUGCAAUCCUCUUUAGCUGUCCUUGGUAAAUUCUGUAUUAUAAGAAGAUGAGAAAUUCGAAUGAGCGAGAGAACCUGCUGAUAUCCAUAGGCAUAUUUGGACAGUUCAUAGACUCUAUGAAUAAAACGAGGGUGUUUUUUACAGUAAAGGAAAACAAAGACUGGCAACUGGAUGGAUGGCUUUUCCAUAGAGUAUGGUAACUCCUGAGCCAAGCAUUUUAGGUCACUCAACAUUUGAAGGGGAGACUUCUACAUCCCCUCCUCAUAUUAGCAGAAAGAUCAAAUAUUACAGUUUUGAAGCCUAGAACUUCUUUAUUUAAAAAAAAAAAGUUGAUCUAAAAUUAUUGUAAAAAGCAAGCCUCUACAUAGGUUUACAAGUUGCAUUGUUCAUUGGAGUAAAACUUGGCUGUGGGCAAGUGAGCUGUGCUUGACGCCUGUGUGGCAGUCGGUUGUCCUUUGUCUCACUCCAGAAGGACAAAAGCUGCUAGGAAGCCAGGUUCUGAAAUAGACAGUUCAGCCUUUAAGGGUUUUUCAAAGUAUAGAAAGUCGUCUCGAAAACACUACACACGUCUAAUCAUCUCAGAGUUGUGGCUAUUAUCUCUUCAGGAAUUGGUCCACAGGGUAAAUUUCAAUGAUUCAUAGGUUUUCCAUGGUCAUUUCUGAGGAUCUUUCAUAUGUGAGAAAGGAAAAGGGAGAGAAGAGUUACACCUCGUGGGUGUAAGUUUGGGACCUGUUGGCCAGCUGGGUGACAGGUUCGGCAUGUUUGCACUUGUUACUGUGUAGCUUUAAUGACUUUUGUUUUCUAAUAGGGCUAAUGUCUCUAAGCUCGGUGCUUAGAGCUAUUUCAUAUUUUAAACUAGUCUCAUUUCACAGUUCUGGUUAUUCAAACCAAUUUUUACAAUUUCCUGGGUGUGUCAUCUUGACUCUUGAAUUGUAAUGUUUUGAGGUGUUUUCAUUCCAGAAUAUACCAAAAAGCGCACAGAGUGAAGGCAAUUUACAGCAAAAACAAACAAAUAAACAAACAAAGUAUGCAGCUUAUUUCACUUUAUAUAAGCCAAUAAGCAGAAACCUGUUUAAUUCAUUACUUUGCUUGAUGUGUCAUAUUUUUUGACUGAAAAUCGUAGGAAGUGUUCCCCAGGAGAGCCUUAGGAGUGAAAGAAUGGGGAUAGCAACAUCGCCCCCCAACUCAAACUGGCAUCACCGUAAACCCUGAGUUCCGGGGUGGAAUGGAAUCAGCUUUUUAUAAUUGAAAUACAAUUUUUUAUUCACCAUUGUCUGCACAAAUCCUUGAAAAUAAAAUUCCUUU